CUGGGUAGGGGGUGUGCAAGAAGUUUGUGAUGAGAAGUGGACCUGGGGAGAUGGGGCCGGGGAGGUGGCUGCAAGCUAAAUCCAGCCCAGCACAGAGGGCAUAAGGACAAGAGCGGGGACCACUCAGGGAUUUCAAGACAAGAUGCACAGAUUGUGUGUAUAUGCGCUGAUCUUCGCACUGGCUCUGGCCACCUUCUCUGAAGCUUCUUGGAAGCCCCACUACAAGCUGGAGGAUUCACCCUCAGAUCCAGGGGUCAACAGGGGCACGGAGCCACACUGGCGGGACCAGCUGGGUCCAGCCUCUCACCACCGGAGGCAGAUUGGGCUCCAGGGUUCCCCACACCUGGUGGCAGACCUGUCCAAGAAGCAGGGGCCAUGGCUGGAGGAAGAAGAAGCAGCUUAUGGAUGGAUGGACUUCGGCCGCCGCAGUGCUGAGGAAAGGGAUCAACAUCCCUAGA